UCUGCCCGGACCACCACCGCUGAAAGGGAUAAUGCCGCCAUGAGUGGCGGCUUACAAGCGCAUCCAGCACCGCAUCCUGCGCCGGCGGUGCGGGAGCAGGACCGGUUCAUGCCGAUCGCGAACGUGAUCCGUAUCAUGCGCCGGGUGCUGCCGGCGCACGCAAAGAUCUCCGACGACGCGAAGGAGAUGAUCCAGGAGUGCGUGUCGGAGUACAUCAGCUUCAUCACCAGCGAGGCCAACGAGCGGUGCCAGCGCGAGCAGCGCAAGACCGUCACCGCCGACGACGUCCUCUGGGCCAUGCGCAAGCUCGGCUUCGACGACUACCUUGACCCCCUAACCCUCUUCCUCCACCGCUACCGCGAGCUCGAGGCCGGCGCAGCCACUGACUCCUCCUCCGGCCACAACGCUCCCCCCACGCUCCACCUCCCCAAGCACCACCGCAACGCCGCCGCCCCUGUUCCCGACAUUUCCGCCCCUGCUCCCCAGUACUUCGCCACUCCCCCUCUGUCUGGAUUCCUCAUGCCGCCGGCGCCAGCGCAACCGAGUAAUCUCAUGAGCGAGAGCAUGGUGGGCUACUUCUUCAACAUGUACGGCGGCGGCGGCGGAGGAGAAGCAGGGCCCAGCGGCGCCGCCGGCUACAAUUUCCCCAAUUUUGACCCCCAAUUUCAUCACAAGUAA